GUGCUCACUGCAGGCUGCGGGCUUGAGUUCCUGCUCGUUCUCUGUGGACUCGAGUUUUCCUGGUCGUGCCCUCGUCACUGUAUCUGCUACACUGCACCCAGCACCGUCUCCUGCCAAGCCCACAACUUCCUGUCGGUCCCUGAAGGCAUUCCUCCUGACAGUGAGCGCAUCUUCUUACAGAACAAUAAGAUCCAUCGUUUACUCCGGGGCCACUUCAGCUCCAACACAGUCACUCUCUGGAUCUACUCCAAUAACAUCACGUACAUCGAGCCCUCCACCUUCCACGGCUUCACACUGCUGGAGGAGCUGGAUCUGGGAGACAACCGCCACCUGCGCUCCUUGGCUGAAGACACCUUUCACGGGCUGAGUCGGCUCAAUGCGCUACACCUGUACCGAUGUGGACUCAGUUCACUUCCUAAUAACAUCUUCCAAGGCCUCAGAAAUCUGCAGUAUCUCUACUUGCAGGAUAAUCAUCUGAAGUUCCUGCAGGAUGACACGUUUAUGGACCUCCACAACCUGAGCCACCUGUUCCUGCAUGGAAACCGUCUGUGGAGCCUUAACCAGAACACCUUCAGAGGCCUUCGAGCCCUGGACCGACUGCUUCUGCACCAAAACCAGAUUGAGUGGGUCGACCGCCUGGCCUUCCAUGACCUGAAACGUCUAACCACCCUCUACCUGUUCAACAACUCCCUGAUACAGCUGUCUGGACAGUGCCUGGACAUGCUGCCCGCCCUAGAAUACCUGCGCCUCAACGACAACCCGUGGUCAUGUGACUGCAAAGCCCUGUCGCUAUGGGAAUGGUUGAAGCGUUUCCGAGGUUCAACGUCUUCGGUGGGUUGCCAGGCACCGGCUAAUAUGGUUGGGAAAGACCUGAAAGAGCUGCGCAAGGAGGACUUCCCCAACUGUUCACCAACUGUUCCUAGCUCUGAGUCCAGAGCCCAGACUAACAAUUUAUCUGGCACGGUGAAUCCGUCUAUGAAUCGCGGUGUAGCGGUGGGGUCUGGAGGGCAGACCCACAUAGUGCACCCCUCGAGGCCCGGCCGUUCUCGGAACUGCACAAAGCCUCGUAACAGGGUGAGCAAGGGGAAGGGUGACAAUGAGGUUCACCACUCAAAGGAGGUCAUGGCAGACAAGGAGGAUUCCUCCCCAGAUUUCACAGACGGGGGGAAACAUGACCACACGUCCCCAGACGGCACCGUCACAAGGAGGAAGCACAAGUGCACUCCGCGGACCACUGUUCGCCCCCCUAGUGGGGUUCAGCAAGCCAACAAUAGGGCAACCUUAUCCCAGUCCUUACUACAUGUCUACGCCCUCUUUGUGGCCUUGAUAACAGCAAAUAUUGACUAUAUUCUCCGCUGACCUUCAGAGGGUUUGGCAAAUGCUAAUCACAAAAAAAAACACAGCCCUCAGACCCUCUCUUGCUCCUGCACUACAAGGCCUGUGUGUCUUUUAUGUAUGUGUGUGUGAGUGUGAUUAUAUGUGUAAAUGUUGUGUAGGGAGCUUUACUGUUCAGACUCAAACAAAGCAUCAAACAUCUACAACAGAGAGACUCACAGCACAAAAAUUGGAGGGACUGAGAAUGAAAAGAUGAAUACAGACCAAGCUUGCACUGCCACUUAAGCCAGUAUGAUUUCAUCUUCAUAUGUCCUGGCAUCUAUUUUUUUUAACUUUGGUUUUUCACUCAACUGGAGCUCGGAUAACCAAAAGUUGGUGUAAAGAGAGCAAGAGAUAACUGAGCAAGUGAAGUAAAACUUCUUAGCCAGUUAGCUCUGAGACAGAUGAGCUGGGUCUUCAAGCGCUCCGUCCAGCUUUAAUUUUCAGUCCACUGUUUGUAAAUCAUUAGCAGGAAGGAACAAAAUGAAAGCACAUAAAAGCCUUCGGUAUCGGCCCCAUCUUGCUCUCAUUCUUCCUGCUGGUCCGUAACAAGCUGCGAGUGCUUCUCAUAAACAGAGGUAAAGUGUAAGCAUGGCAAUAAAUUGUUAGUGUCAGAGUCAGACAUAAGAAUGUGUCAUUCUUGUUACAGAAUGGAAAUCUAUAGCCACAGGUGUUUCAAGGCCAUAAACAGAACAACCAGUUAGCUCGUACACCGCAUGAAGCUCUAACAAAUCACAACAACUACUCUCUACAUAUUGCAGGCUUUUUUUCCAGGUGCUGUUCCAACCUUU